ACUACUCAUCCCUGCCUUGCCUUCUCACCUUCUCUAGUUUCUCUCCACCGCGUUCAAGGUCGGGUUCAGACUUCAAUCAAGGUGGAAUCCAGCGACGCUUCUGAUUGAACAAGACGAAGAAGAAGAAGAUCGAAAGCGAAAUUUAGGAUUUUGGGUUUCUUCUCUCUAUGGACCGGAAUCGAGAAAGUAGACAUCUUUGUUGAUGCCGGAGACGAGCAACGGCGGCGGGUGAUUAUACGUAAUAGUAAUAAGGGAGGAGCGGCGGCGGGAACCGCAUCACGAGCGAGAUGCGCCGAGAGAUGCUUGUCUGGGUUCAUCCCAAAUAUUUCAUUCUCUUCACUGGCAUUCUAAUUCUGCUCAUUUUCGCCUUCUAUAACUCACAAACGGCUCAAGAGAAUAGAGAUGCGGAAUAUGAGAUCACUCAUAGAGUAUACUUGGAUAUUGAUAUUGAGGAGCAACGUUUAGGUAGAAUCGUUAUUGGAUUAUAUGGUCAGGUUGUACCGAAAACUGUAGGUAUGUCUGUUUGUGUGCCAUUGGAAGUUAUUGCCUUCAAAGUAUCACUGUGGGUGUUUGCAGAAAACUUCAGGGCAUUGUGUACAGGUGAAAAGGGCACGGGGACAAGUGGGAAGCCUCUCCACUACAAAGGAACACCAUUCCAUCGAAUCGUCUCAGGGUUUGUGAUCCAAGGUGGUGACAUAGUCCAUGGAGAUGGGAAGGGGAGCGAAUCCAUCUAUGGUGGUACAUUUCCAGAUGAGAAUUUCAAAGUAAAACACUCCCAUGCAGGCGUUGUGUCAAUGGUAAAUACAGGACCAGAUUCAAAUGGGUCGCAGUUUUUCAUCACCACCAUAAAAUCCAGCUGGUUGGAUGGAGAGCAUGUUGUGUUUGGAAAAGUAGUUCAAGGGAUGGACUAUGUAUAUGCAAUUGAAGGUGGAGCUGGAACUUACAGUGGGAAACCCAGAAAGAAAGUUGUCAUUGCAGACUCUGGUGAAAUACCAAAAAACAAGUGGGAUGAAGAAACAAGAUAACCCCCACAACCAAGAAAGUCCAUAAAAGCCCCCUACUUUUUUUUGUAGCUUUGUUCAAAUUCAUUACUUGCUUCACUCUUUGUAUCAUCUGUUCUCAUCAUCACUAAUUAUUAUUCAUAUAAUCUUAAAUCUGCUAGAAAAAAAAAAAAAAAGAAACCAGCCCCUCUUCUCACUUAGAAAAUGUAUUCCAAGCUUCAUCUUUUUCUUCCCUUUUACCUUCUUCUGCCUCCCAUGAUUUUGGUUUUAAAUAUGUACUUUUGGCAAAUGUGAUUAAUAUAAACUUCCCAUUUAA